AGUUCUAUUAAAUCACUGAACCUCUCACCAACUUGAAAAGAUUCCACUCCUUCAGAAACUGUUCUCUCACGGUCCAUAAUAGCGUUACCUUCUAAUACCAUGAGCUGAAGUAGAGCAUUUUAGUUGAUACAUUGCAAUGCUGCCUUCAGUGACGAUAUUUAUGACAGUGCUGGUGGUUGUUCAUGGUCAACAACUUCCUGGUCAAAAUCAAGGAGAAAUCUCGACGCAGCCUCCAGCAGUGGGACGGCAGCGCGCCUACACUGAUCCUGACAGCAUCUUUACGAUUCACAGCGUCAAAAGAAAUCCGGACCUCAGCCCAGUCAUUGGGCCAUCUCUCGCUCCUAGCUAUGUUCGAUUUCAUUCAGAGAAUGAAAAUGUAGCCAACACUUACAACCCGGAGCCCACUUCGAGCUAUGGCAGAAUUUCCAUGCGUGAAAAUUCACAAGAAUCUGUGCACAGGAGCAACAUGGAUUCUAGGGUAGCUUCGAGCUCGGCAUGGGGAGGCCGAGGCAGCGGAUUGUUGUACAGGAACCGCGGGCAAAGUUUGCCAUGGACCGAAGACGCAGCAGCUGAAACUGACAGCCAUGUGGGCAGUGGAUCUAAAGAUGAUCAAAGUUUCAUGGGAAGAGUGGAGAGCAGUGACGCUAGAAGUAGAAGGUUGGAUGUUGAACCGACUCGAGACUAUACAUCUAUUUCAUCACGAAGUGAUAGUUCUCGUGCUACUAGAGGGCCUCAUCGCGGCGUAGGUGUAGGACUAGCAAGUAGCCGAAGCCAAGAUGAGGGUGAAGAAGCUGGGAGAAUUGGCCGUUACAGAGACAAUUUUUCUAAUAAUCGUGUUGAGGAGCGCCAGAGACUGGAUGGUAUAACUUUGUUAUUGCAAAGAGUCGGCGACAGACUUCUUGCUAUUGAAUCUGCCCAGACUCAACGGGCAGAACGAAUCGACUCAGUCAAUUACAGAAUAACUCGUCUGGAGGUCUCUGGAGAGGAGCAGAAGUCAGCCAUCAACGAGCUGUCGGCUGCUGUCAGACACCGGCUACAGACGUCAGAUUUUGAACUCGAAAAGAUCAGAGACGGACUGGACGAGCUCAGAGCUUCGCUUGUGGCAAUAGCAGCUCAGAAUACCAAAAUUCAGGCGUCCUUGGACGUGCAACAAGCUGCAGGCGCCGCGGCAUCUGCUGCGUCUGAGGGCAACGCCGAGGGUGGGCAAGGCGCUCGCCUCAAGUCUGUGCUGGCCGCGGUGCACGGUGUCAGAAAUCUGGGCCAAAACACCGCGCGGCAAUUGGAGUUCUUGACGCAGAACGCCUCCGUCUGGAACAACGUAUCCAACUCUCUUCAACGUCUCAGCGAGAGCGCGGUAACUAAAGCGUUUCUAAGGAGCAGCUUGGCGGAGCUGAAGAGCAGCCAGCUCCACACACCCAUUGUCAUACCCACUUCCUUGAACCACAGGAACCCUGAGCAGCUAAGAGAUCCCAUGGACUGCUACGAGGUGCAGGAGCGAGCGAAGAAGUCCUCGCAGGUCGUCAGUUCCGGUGUGUACCGCAUCCAGCCCAGGGACGCCUCUGGUCCCUUCUUCGCCUACUGCGACCUGGAGACUGACGGGGGAGGAUGGACGGUGUUACAACGUCGUCUGGACGGUUCCGUGGACUUCCUGCGUGACUGGCAAGACUACAAGUAUGGCUUCGGGAACCUCGCUGGCGAGUUCUGGCUUGGCAACGACCACAUUCAUGACCUCACCGCGCAAUACGUCAGUGAGCUUCGCAUCCAGCUGGAUGACUUCAACCAAGUGUCGGCGGUGGCUCGGUAUUCUGCCUUUGCCAUUGGCAGUGAAGCAGAAGGCUAUGCCCUCAAGCUUCUAUGUGAAUAUAACUGUGGUUCAGGGGACUCUCUGAGCUACCACGUCGGCCAGCGCUGGAGCACCAUAGACUCGGACAGCGACGCCUGGCCUGAGCAGAACUGCGCCGUGAACCACAAGGGCGCUUGGUGGUACCGUGCCUGCGAUACCAGUAACUUGAACGGCCAGUAUCUCCACGGUCCGGUACCACAGGAUCACGAAUACAGCGGAAUUUAUUGGUAUGAUUUCCGUGGUCCGCUUUAUUCUCUGUGGCGGACGAGCAUCAUGAUCCGGCGGGGCGGCCGAGUGACUGAACCAGUAACAAGUGUGUCAUCGGCUAACACAACAAGUGUGUCAUCGAUCCCCGCACUCACCACAACUCCACCAUUGUCACCUCCACCUGAAGUAGUGACCGACACCUACCCAGUCGACGAGUAUGAUGCCGAAAGUGAUAAUUUGCAAGAGCGUCACCGACAACAGCAGCAUCAAUGGCGAGAACAGCAGCUGCAGUGGCAGGAACUGCAGAAGCAAUGGGAAUAA